AUGAAAGGAAAAACUACGAAAAAGUUAGCAAGGAAGUGCAAAAAGGCAGCAACUCAAGUUUGGCAAUAUGCAGUGCUGUGGUGCAGUGGUUGCAGGUGGGAAGUGAUGUCAAGUUUUGAUGAGUCAAUAGCAAUACCUGAAGAUGUCCCAAAGGGCCAUUUUGUUGUGUAUGUGGGUGAGGAGUGCAGGAGAUAUGUUGUUGAGAUAGCACUGUUAAAGCAUCCUCUGUUUAAGACACUACUUGAUUCUGCUGAGGAAGUGUUUGGAUUUGACAAUGCUUCAAAACUUUACUUACCUUGUAAGGAAUGUGUUUUUGUUGGAAUUCUUCAAUGUAUAGGUUCUUGA